CGCCGGCCGCCCGCUCUCCCGGGCACGGCCGGUGCGUUUUCCGCCCGGCGUCGGGCCUUGCCGCGCGGUGCUCCCGGGCCUGGUCCCCCAGGCUCCGCGCCAGGCCCGCGUGAGCGGCUCCGGAGCCGGGGCGCGGCGGGGGCGGCCCCAGGAGUGCAGAAAGAGACUGCUUUUGGACAUCUUGGAACAAGUGGAAACCUUUAGGUGCUUGAGAUAAGAUUCCCAAGGAAAUAAAAUGGCAUCCGGAGAUUUCUGCUCCCCUGGAGAGGGGAUGGAAAUAUUACAACAAGUAUGCGGCAAACAGUUUCCUCCUUGUAACCUGAGUGAAGAAGACCUGUUACAGCACCCCUACUUCAGCAAGCUCCUGCUGAGUCUCUCCCAGCAUGUGGAUGAGAGCGGUUUAAGCCUCACCCUGGCAACGGAACAGGCUCAGGCAUGGAAGGAAGUUCGACUCCAUAAGACAGCAUGGUUGAGGUCUGAGAUUUUACAGCGAGUCAUUCAAGAGCUGCUUGUGGACUACUAUGUGAAGACACAGGGCACAAAUUUAACUUCGGAGGACAAAAAGUUUCAUGAGACCCUUGAACAACGGCUGCUUGUGACUGAAUUGACCCAGCUUUUGGGUCCCAGCCAGGAGAGAGAGACGCCUUCGCUGCUCGGGUUGGAGAAGGCAGAUCUGCUCGAGCUCAUGCCACCCUCCGAGGACUUUGCGUGGAUGAGAGCUCGGCUCCAGCUGGAAGUGGAAGAGCAGCUCAAGAGGAAAUGCUUCACUCUGCUGUGCUACCAUGAUCCCAGCUCAGAUGCUGACAGUGAAAACCUGAAGGCCGCAAAGGUGUGGAAACUGGCAGAGGCCCUGGCGGAUGAGAAGCAGCAGUGCCAGGACGCCAAGACCCAGCAGGAGGAGCAGCUGGUGCUGCUGGAGAAGAAGAGCGCCACCUACUCCCAGGUCCUUCUGCGCUGCCUGGCCUUGCUGCAGCGGCUUCUGCAGGAGCACCGGCUGAAGACGCAGUCCGAGCUCCACCGCACCAAUGCCCAGUACUUGGAAGUCAAGUGCAGCGCCAUGAUCCUCAAGAUGAGGAUGGAGGAGCUAAAGAUUCUGUCUGAUACUUACACUGCUGAGAAGGUGGAAGCUCACCGUCUCAUCAGAGACCGUUUAGAGGGAGCCAUUCGCUUACAAGAACAGGACAUGGAGAAGUCACAACAGGUCCUGAACACCUAUGAGGUCCUUGGGGAGGAAUUUGACAGGCUGGUAAAAGAGUACACCCAGCUCAAACAGGCAACGGAGAACAAGCGCUGGGCCCUCCAAGAAUUCAGCAGAGCCUACCGCUGAGCAGAGCGGAGCCGGGAUGCGUGGCUCCUGCAGUCACUGCUGCCUUCUCCGUGCGACGACCACCACACCGAGGCUGCCUCCACUACAACUCGGGGGAGAGCGCCUGCCUACAACACUGCUCUCACUUAGACGCCCGCUUGGUUUCUCUCCCUGGUUACAGUGACUGGAUCUCCUGGAAAUGUAGUUAUCAGCAUACUAUAGCUGUUUAUCCAUGUCAGUCCUGUAUUGUAUUUGAUUAUCUCCUAAAUAAAGUGAUGAUAUUAUGUC